AGAUAAGAUCAAUCAUAAACACAAACAGUAGAACAUAAAAACAACGCUUACAGUCCUUAACAUUUUUAUUAACAUGAUAUCCUGCUUUAACUGUCGCGUUUUGCGUUAUUUUAGUGUUUGUAGUUUGUUUAUGAUUUCUUCUACAGUUUCUAGUAUGAAUUCUUCCGAAGAUUCUUCGGCAGCAGCGGAACCGAUAAUUGGGGCCAAUUGCAAAAUGAAAAAUUUGGGAAUAUUCUACAGUGAAAAGGAAAUAUUUGAUAUCCUGAUGGACGAAAGGAAUAGAAACCGACGCAAUGUCAGUGACCUCAUCAGGGUGUACAAGGAAAAGUGCUGCUCUCUAGCAGAAGAAAACACAAACACCACCAAACCUCGGAGGCCAUUCAUCGUCGUGGAGUCAAACCAUAGACCUCCCAGAAAGCUGGUUGCCAAGCAACUGGCAGAUAUACUCGGUGGGGAGUACAUCUCUGUGCCCCCGAAAUGUCUGAGAGAGUUUCUCUACACAUUCGACUACAGCGGUUUAUUGAGGCGAGCGUAUUUCGGGCUGUCUCUCUAUGCGACUGCCUACGAAGUGAAGGCUGUGUAUCAUAAAAAACCUGUCGUUACUUCGGGGUACUGGUCUGACCAAACAUCCUUUGCUAUAUCCAAAGAGUACGAUUUGGACAAGAUACCGGAAGUGGGCCACUCAAUAUACACCUGGCCUGAGGAUCUCUUGAAGCCUGACGUCAGUUUCCUGAUGAAUGUUCCGCAGCGACAAGUGGAUGGAUACGCUACUACAAUGCUUCCAGAUAACUUCCAGGAGAAGAGGAUUGUUGCCUUCAGAAGGAUGAGAAGGCCUCGACUGAGAGAAAUAAAGGAUAUUUUCUACUACGACACCAUCCUGACCCAGAUGCAAAGCAAGAUGUUGAAUGUGUUUAUGCACCCGAGGUGGAAAAGGAAAAAUGUCAGAUACUGAUACA